ACUCCACACAAGCAAUCUUUCUAAAGGUUCCACCUUUUUCAAUUCCGAUAGAAAAUCAAAUUACUCAGAUCAUUAUUACAAACUUCAAAGUCAAUAUUCAUCAAUCAAUUCAUCACUCCUCAACACAACUUCAAAAUUUUCCCAGGAAUUGUAGAAUUUUGAUUAUUUUUUGAAUUUUUUUUGGAAACCCCAAUUGAUUUGGAUUGAGGGGUAGUUAAUUAAUUGAUUGGUUAAUUGAUCUUUGAAGAUUUUACUGCUAACAAUUCCUGUGGAUAAGCGAAAAUGUUUACGAGAAUCUUUGGAAAACCAAAACAAGAAACAAAUGCUCUAGCAACUUUAGACAAGUUAAAUGAGACGCUUGAGAUGCUUGAGAAAAAGGAAAAAGUUUUAUUGAAAAAGGCUGCUGGUGAGGUUGAAAAAGCAAAGGAAUUUACUAGAGCAAAAAACAAAAGAGCUGCAAUACAAUGUUUGAAAAGGAAAAGGCUCUAUGAACAGCAAGUCGAACAGCUUGGAAAUUUCCAAUUGCGUAUUCAUGAUCAGAUGAUACUGUUAGAAGGUGCAAAAGCCACAACAGAAACCGUUGAUGCUUUGAGAACUGGAGCAGCUGCAAUGAAAGCCAUGCAGAAGGCGACGAAUAUUGAUGAUGUUGAUAAAACAAUGGAUGAAAUCAACGAGCAGACUGAGAAUAUGAAAAUGAUUCAGGAAGCAUUAUCUACGCCAAUUGGUGCAGCUGCUGAUUUUGAUGAAGAUGAGUUGGAGGCAGAACUUGAAGAACUAGAAGGAGCUGAGUUGGAGGAACAACUCCUUCAGCCUGCAACAACUGCCCCUUCUGCACCUAUUCAUCUGCCUACUGGUAGGCAACAAGUGCGUCCUGCCGCCCAGCAGAACAAAGCAGAAGAAGAUGAACUUGCUGCUUUGCAGGCUGAAAUGGCUCUUUGAAGAGUUAUAAUCGCCAAAUAAGGAAUGCUGUAAAGAUUGAAUGUACUCUUGUGAUGGAUGAUUGUUUGAAUUUUUGAUGUGCAUGCUGCCUUACAAGUAACUGUAUAGAUUACAGGAGUUGAUUUAAAUUUUUAUGUCAAGUUGAAAUGGGAAGAGUGUGCUAUUUUUAUAUGAAAUUUUUAUUCUUGAAAUUGUACAAAAAUUGUCUCUUCUAGCAAACAUUAAAGUACACCUUUUGUUCUCCAACUUGA